AUGUUUGGAUGGUCGCAGGACUCUUCAAAUCCCACGGGUGACGCCCCGCCGUACACCGAGAACAUUCCUCUUGAUCCUCGCCUCGAUUCGGAGGGCUUGCAGUCAAGUUUGGAGUCGGCUAAUGAUGUGGCAAAUGGUGGGAUUGGCGAUACCAAAGAAGAUAGCCUUCUGGGGUUACUGAAUGCGAUCAACUGUUCUGCAGCACAGCAAACCCAGAGUUCAUGUAUCCGCGUCGACGACUCACGGUACAUCGAGUGCCCUGAGCCACAUGACUAUCAACACGACCCCCUAGAGAAAUUAGACAGAGUUGAUCAUCCUCUGGUUCAUGAUCACCACUUAUCAGCUCUUCCGGAACUACGCGAUCCGGCGCCUAAAGUCACGGAUUCGACAACCUUUUCUGGGUCGGUAUCGAAGCGAAAGGCCAAUUCUGUGGACAAUAACCAAGGAGACACAGCCAGUAAUGAAGACAUGGCCGCGACCAAAAGACAACGUAACACCAUGGCAGCUCGGAAAUACCGUCAAAAGGGCAGGGACCGCAUCGCCGAGCUGGAGGCUGCUUUGAAGAACGUCGAGGAGGAGCGGGAUCAGUUAAGGCUCAAGCUUGUGAGGAAGGAGGCCGAAGUAGAUGCUUUAAGAGAGAUGCUAGAUAGGUGA